UUUAUUAAAGUAUAAAAUGAAAGAAGUGGAGACUGAGAAAACACUUGACUCUCUAAAGAAAAACAUGGCACUAGUAGCUAACACUCCAACCAUCAAUGAAGCACCAAUCAUCGCUGAGGUCGACAUGGGUUCCGAUUUCAAUGAACUCACCGUUCGAGCCACCGUUGUUCAGGCUUCCACCGUCUUCUACGACACUCCCGCCACUUUAGAUAAGGCUGAGAGAUUGCUGGCUGAAGCUGCUAGCUAUGGCUCCCAGCUUGUUGUGUUUCCAGAAGCAUUUAUUGGUGGCUAUCCGCGUGGUUCUAAUUUUGGUGUUUCCAUUGGUAACCGCACAGCCAAGGGUAGAGAAGAGUUCAGGAAGUAUCGUUUAGCGGCCAUUGAUGUUCCUGGUCCUGAGGUGGAUAGAUUGGCAGCAAUGGCUGAAAAGUAUAAAGUACAUUUAGUGAUGGGUGUGAUAGAGAGGGAUGGCUACACACUUUAUUGUACUGUUCUCUUCUUUGAUUCUCAAGGUCAUUACUUAGGAAAGCACAGGAAAAUCAUGCCAACAGCAAUCGAACGGGUUAUCUGGGGAUUUGGAGAUGGGUCAACCAUUCCAGUGUUUGAAACUCCAAUUGGAAAAAUAGGUGCUGCCAUUUGUUGGGAGAAUAAGAUGCCACUGUUAAGAACAGCAAUGUAUGCUAAAGGUGUGGAAAUAUAUUGUGCACCAACUGCUGAUUCCAGGGACUUAUGGCAAGCAUCGGUGACCCAUAUUGCACAUGAAGGUGGAUGUUUCGUUUUGUCAGCAAACCAGUUCUGUAGGAGGAAGGAUUAUCCACCUGCUCCAGAGCAUGUUUUUGAAGGUUUAGAAGAUGACCUCACACCUGAUUCUGUUGUAUGUGCUGGAGGUAGCGUCAUUAUAUCACCGUCAGGGGCUGUUUUGGCUGGACCAAAUUAUGAGGGCGAGGCGCUGAUAUCAGCAGACCUAGAUCUUGGGGAAAUAGCAAGAGCUAAGUUUGAUUUUGAUGUUGUUGGACACUAUGCAAGACCUGAAGUGCUCAGCUUGAUUGUCAAGGACCAUCCAACAAAUCCGGUUACUUUUGCCUCGGCAUCAACAAAACUUGAAGAGAAGACCAAGUAGUUCCUUCCAUUCACGGUCAGCAACUUCCGAACCUCCAGUUAUGGAUCUGUCCCUCAUUUUAGCCUCUACUCGAUUUAGGUUUAUCUAGUAAAAUCAGCUCUUGCAUUUAGGUUUGAUUCAAUUGAACUUAUUAAAAUGUCUUUGAAUAAUUGGAAAGUUCUACCACAGAAGCAUUUAAAAAGAGAAUCACAAAGUUUUCAUAUAAAAAAAGUGAUGAAUGCUCAAAUUAUGUUUGUAAUCUGCAUGUUUGUUCAAACUCGUAAGCUUUCACAGAAUACAAAGCAAUUUAAGUGA